AUGUAUUCUUCUUCACUUCCAACUGAAUGUCUUCGUGAAAUUUUCGAGCAUGCGUACGAAUAUGAUGAUUUAGAAACUUUAGGUUCUUGUUUAUUGGUAAACAGAAAAUGGUGUGAGGCUGUUAUCCCCGUAAUGUGGAGAAAUCCUUGGGUAUUAUCUUGGUUUAAUUGGAGAGAGAAGUCAACUAGAUCAAUAACCAGUACGAUAUACGCCCUAUUACCUCCUGACAUAAAGAUUGCCUUCAUAGUUAAUGGUAUAUCAAUCACACCCCCGACGACAAGGGUCCCCUUAUUCAAUUAUGUUCAAUAUAUUCAAGUAUUGGAAUAUCGACACAUUAAAGGGUUGAUUCAUGGAGUAUUCAAUCAUGAACUUUAUAAUUCAUUGAAUAUCAAUCAUAAUCUGAUGUACAUCGAAAGGUUACUUUACAAUUUUUUCUUGGUCAAUUCAAAUAUCAAAUACUUUGAAAUCCCUCGGUUUCCCUUAUUGGGUAUAACCGCCCCAAUAAAUUGCUUUUCUGGAUUAAGGGAAAUUACGUGUGAUGCGGACAUUUCACCACAGAUUUUCAAGGAUUUGGAAAAAGUUUGUACUAGCCUAGAGAAACUUAUCAUUAAUAAAGCAAUCGUUGAUAAUGAAGGGUUGGCCUCUUUCAUUCAUUUUCAAAAAAGGUUGCAAUAUAUAUCAAUGUGUGAUAAUGUGAAUGAUGAGGCGGAUUCUAGAAAGGUCGGAAAGAGCUUACAUGAGAUCUCCUUGUUGUACGUUCAUUUUCGCGGUCAAAUCUUCUUUUCACCAAAGAUAUUGGCAAAAUUUUCAAAUUUAAAGUUAUUGAACCUUGAAUUGUCCGCGGAGAAACCUAUCAUGUUACAUGAAUCUUCUAAUUUUCCGGUACUAGAAUUCCUGGAAGUGAUUUAUGAUAGGUUCACUCCUUAUAAAAUUUUCACAUGUAUCAUUAAGAGAACCAAAGGAAUGCUCCGUAGGAUCGCCAUGAAUGUAAUUGAAGAACCGCAAAGUGAAAGGGAGGCGAAGGAUUAUGUGUUGGCCAUUGCGGAUCAUUGCCCAAAGAUUGAAUUCGUCACAAUUUGGUAUAAAGAAGGCAUUUAUGACGCUUUGGAAGAAAUGUUCAAGAAAUGUCAAAGGUUGGAGGGUAUUAAAUUGAUAACCGUUGAAGAUAUUAAAACUUUGCCAUUAUUGGAAUUUUUGGCAAUUAAAGCUCCCAAAUCAUUGAAAAUGAUUAAUUUGAGUAGUAUCGGAGAAUUUUUUCAUGGGAAUAUGGGAUGGGAAUUUUCACCUUUAGACUUAACAAAAUUUUUUGAAAUGUGGAAAGGGCGUGAAUUGCUUAAUUUUUAUAUUUCGGAUGUUAAGGGAAAUUUGACAAGGGAAUGUGUUAAAACUUUACAAAAAUAUUUACGUCAUGAUAAAGUAUUGAAUAGUUGGGAAGAAAUUCAAAUGUUGGAAGAUUCUGAAGAUAUCAUUAAUGUUUGGGAAACAUAUGAGUUGUGGAUGACUGCAGAAUAUAGAGCAAGACCUUCAUCGGCUUAUUAUUCUUACAAAAAUAAUUAUAAUUUUUUCAAUUCAGCAAUAUUAUCAAGGUUACAGUUGAAGAUACGUUCAUAUUCAACAGAGACAUUAAUAAACCCUAAAAUUCAUGAAAAAUUGGAAGGAUUAAUAACUCGUCAUUCUUCACUAUCCGAGCAAUUAUCUAAACAAUUAUCAUCAAGUGAUGAUCCAGAUUGCUUGGCAAAACUUUCUAAAGAAUUAUCAGAUUUAAGUGAGAUAACCGAUCCUUAUAAUGAGUUAAGAAAAGCACAAGGUGUAGAACUUGAAGAGAUUAAUACUAUAUUACAAGAAACAACAACUACAAAAGAAGAAGAAUUGAAAGAACUUGUACAAGAGGAAUAUCAAGAAUAUUUAAAAAAAAUAAAAUUACUUGAACAAGAAGUAGUACAAGCUUUAUUACCAAAAGAUUUAGCUGAUGAAGGAAGUGCCGUGAUUGAACUUCGAGCUGGAACCGGAGGAGAUGAAGCUGCGUUAUUUGUCAAUGACAUAUUAAAAAUGUAUGAACGAUAUGCGGAGUUACGUAAAUGGAAAUUUGAAAUCCUAUCCAAAUCAGAAGAUCAUAUUGGAGCUGUUAAGGAAGUUAUAGCUACGAUAUCAGGUAAAGGAGUAUUCGGUAAUAUGAAAUUUGAAUCAGGGGUUCACAGAGUACAAAGAAUUCCUAUAACAGAGAAAGCUGGUCGAGUGCACACAAGCACAAUUACAGUUGCAAUAUUACCAGUUCCAUCUGAGACGGAUGUAAAAUUUAAAGAUUCGGAUUUGCGCACAGAUUAUUAUAGGUCAAGUGGUAAAGGAGGACAACAUGUCAAUACAACGUCUAGUGCUGUUAGAAUAACUCAUAUUCCAAGUGGUCUUGUAGUGGCUAUACAAGACGAAAGAUCUCAACCAAAAAAUAAAGCGAAGGCAUUACAAAUUCUGCAAGCAAGAUUAUAUGAUAUGGAACGAAAAAAAUUACAACAAGAAAGAAGAGAAAAUAGAAGAAAACAGGUGUGA